UUCCUCAGCAUCAUGAAGGCAGAGCGGAUCGGCGUGGACAUUCCCGUCUAUGACCUCUCUCUGAUCCGAGGCCUGUGGGAGGGACGUGUGAAGAAAUACAAGCAGCGGCAGAAGAAGGAGGAAGAGCGGAUCAGUAAAAGUGCUCUGGCCAAGGUGGAGCAGCAGUGGCAGUAUCGCAUUGCAUGCAGAAAGCUGAAGAGCGCUGAGGUCACAGCGCUGCAGUGUUAUCUGGAGAGAUCAGCGCUCAGUGAAACACACCUCCUGCCCAACGAUGACAAGGACAAUGAUGCAGACAACAAGAAGUUCAUUUUUGAGCUGAAUGGGAAAAAAUGGAUGAAAUUGCCUGAAGAUCUUCAGUACAUGACUUAUCUCAGGGAAUGGCACAUCCACGGGACCAGGAUUCCCGAGAUUCCCACUUACAUCAAGGCCUUUGUGGAUCUGCAUGUGCUGGACGUUCCCAAAAAUGGACUGACUAAGCUUCCUGCUGAGAUAGGGAAGCUGAUCAACCUGAGGGAAUUAAAUGUGAAUUAUAAUAAACUGUUAAGCAUUCCACCUGAACUCGGAGAAUGUGAGAAUCUGGAACGGUUAGAGAUGACCGCAAACGGAAAGCUGGCCGAGCUUCCCUUUGAGCUGAGUAAUCUAAAGAAAUUGACGCACUUGGACGUGGCAGAGAAUCAGUUUGCCGGUAUUCCUGUCUGUGUGCUCCGCAUGGAAAGCCUGAAGUGUCUGGACAUCAGCAACAACAGACUCAAAGACCUGCCGGAGGAUAUCGACAGACUCGAGUCAUUAGAGAUGCUGUUCCUUCACAAAAACAACGUGCGAUACGUGCCGAUGACCAUGACGAACCUCAUCCAUCUGAAGAUGCUGGUCAUCAGCGCAGACGAACUGUACAGCAUCCCGUCGCAAUUAGUCGACAAUCCUAACAUCAAAUUAAUCCGAUUAUAUGACAAUCCAAUAAACACCAACAAUGAAGACAUGAACGAGAUGAACACAGACGCAGAUGCUCAGGACGAGCGUGACAAGGAGUUCAUUAAGACAUACAUCGAGACUCUUCAAGACAGAGACAUUCAGCCGUCGUACACCACUAAAGUCUCCCUCAGCUGCCUGCUGUAGAACCAGACGACUGUAAAUAUGACACAAUCAUCUGCUUCAGAAUGACACCGAUUGAUAGCAGUGUGUUUUAAACGCGUCUCAUUCCGAGUUCAAACUGAAGAGCAGGUUACACUGGAUGAUAAGCUGUUAGUGUCUAAAGGGUUUGGGUUUACUAUUAUUAAAGAAAACUGCAGGCUUGAAGUUCACUAGUUAAAAUCUGAUCCCAAACCCAUUUUAAUUUGGUUUUCUGUGAAGAUUUCCAUCGUUUAGUUUGUUUGAUGUGACCAAACGUUUCACAGCAUGCUGUCUGCAAGUCGAUGUUUUAUAAGAUGUAUGAAAUGAGAAUUUAUUGUAAUUAAAUCAAUCAAAAUUCCAGUAAUAAAUAUGACAUGCAAA